GCAGGCAAGGAGAGGAUCCGGAUCAGUUUGGGAUACCGCUAGCCCACCAGCGAUGUCGGAGAAUGCGAAGAAAUGGAUCGGACCAACCUGCAUAAACAAAACCAGGACCCCCAAACAGCCAAGCUCGAAGAGGUUACCCAGUCGUUAACUCGUUAUCACCAUCAGACAGAACACCACCGCUGUCGCACAGCACAGGACCCAAACCCAAUCACCCAGAACCACCAUCACCGGAUUUAUGUGAACCAUCACCUGAACGCCAUCUCUGAGCCUUCGGAAGACCAUGAUUGGCAGAGAGAAACAAUGAUGCGUUUAUGAUUAACGAAGAAUAGUUUAGUUUUUUUUUUUUUUUUUGGAUCAGGUCCCAGAGGUUUCCGUGUCCGAGAUAUCUUGGGAUAUUAGUGUUGAAACUCCUCAAGUUGAUGCAAUUGAUGAUGUCAAUUUGCCGAAUGUUGUUGUUGAAAAUUGACAAUCAAACGUCUUUUCUUGAUACUUCAACUCCCAACAACUGAAAUCAAGGAAGGUAGGAGCCAACUUUUGGAAACAGAGUAUAGGAACAAGAUUCUGGAUGAUCUGAAUGAGAUCACAGGAUUCAAAGCUUUUCUAAAUCAGCGGUUGGUGGUGUUGAAGAAUGAAGAAACUUUGUCAUUGCAACAUCAAGUCAUCCAGGCAGUUGAUCCCUUUGUGCUGCAGCAAUAUGUUUAUGAUGCCAUUGAGACAGUGCUAUCUGAUGUUUGCUUGGCCAUUUCUAUGCUGAAAAAACGAGGAAACGCGGGACUUGAUCAUGAUUCUCAACUCCAAAAGAUUUCUAGACAGACUAAUGAGUUCAUUGGAAGAAAAGAAGCAUCACGAAGUGAAGUUGAAAGAGGGUUUGAAGGGCUUAGCUACCAAACGCAUGGAGCUGCACAACUCGUUAUCUUCUUCCUGGCCAAAGCAGGAAGCGGCUCUUGCAAAAACCUGCGAGCUUAAGAAGCUGUGUGAGAGCACCCUUUCCUCCAUGUUUGAUGGAAGGCCUGUUCAUGAAGAGAUUAAUGCCCGUUUGAAUAGUGGUGUUGCUGCAUAUGAAAAUGUUUGUCUCUGGCGUGAAGCGUACAAUAUGAGCGUGUACUUUGAAUCUCUUCGUUUUAACUAACUAACUUUGGGGUGUCUUCGGGGGUAAGGCAUUGAAGUUGGAUAAGCUAAAGCUGAACUAUGCCUAAAGUGUUGAAAUAUUUCAAGUGUGAAUAGUUUUCAGUUGGUAGUUACAAACUCAGCCAGCAAAUACAGAUUAGAAUAUUUGUACUA